AUGCAAGACGAAGGGCAUCUCUACUCGCCAGAGGUUACUGUUGAGUUCAACGAGACUGCCUAUAACAACGAGGAGCUAUUCAAAGACUGGAUUCGUGACGAACUUGCCCCUAUCGUCAGCCGCAAUGAUGACUUCCUCCUUGUGAUGGAUGUGGCUUCUUUUCACAAGACCGAUGAUGUGCUUCAUCAGCUACGUCAGCACAAGGUUGUGACCGCGUUGAUCCCGCCGGGCUGCACGAGCCUUCUUCAGCCUCUCGAUACAGCUAUCAACAGACCUCUUAAAGACUGGCUUCGCGAUGCUACUGACGAGUACGUCUCCGAGCGUGAGGCUCGCGGUCUCACGAUGUGGUCUAUACGAGAAAAACGCAUCAUGACAACCUUCGUGGUCGCCAGCGCCGUCCGCACCCUCGAGAGCCGGGCCGAGCUCGUACAGAAGGCGUUUCUCAACUGCGGCAUCAGCAUCAGGCCCGACGGCACGCAGGAUAUAGAAAUCCGCGUCAAAGACAUCCCUGCCGCCGCGAUCGAUUUUACAAACUGGGAGCAGGCUCGAGACGUCAUCGUCAAAGACGAAGAAGGCGUCUCGGGCCUGCUUGACGAGGAGGAAAUUGUCAAACAAGGCGACGAGGCAGAAGACCGAAUAGAUCCCGUAAUGGAUGCCCUCUUUAGUAAGGGAAAUGCCCAAUUUGACACCAAGGCUUGA